UCUCCACGGACCCCGGCCGCGUGCCCCGCGGCUUCCAGCAGCCCGGCAAGAGGCACUGCGCCGUGUGCCACGCGCAGAAGCCCGACAGGUGCCACCACUGCAGCGUCUGCGGCCGGUGCGUCCUGAACAUGGACCACCACUGCCUCUACCUCAACGCAUGCAUAGGCUUCCAGAACCGGAAGUUUUUCUGCCAGCUGCUCUUCCACGGCCUCUGCUGCACCAACACCCGAUCUUCGUCGCCGUCUUCUCGGUGCCCGAGCUGGUCCGGCGCCUCGCCGAGGUGGGCGACGCGGAGGCCUCCAGGGGCCUCGCGUUCUGGUGCAGCACGGCCGCCGUCUUCACCUCGUGGGCGGUUCUGGCGGCCUUGGCGUACCCGCUCGGGAUGUUCACGCUGUACCACUUCAGGGCCGUCGUGCGCAACAGCACGACCAUCGAGGACAUGCAGCACGGGGAGCAGCACCAGAGCCCGUACGACACCGGCUGGGGCCAGAACCUGAUGCAGGUCUUCGGCGCGCAGCUGCUGCUGUGGCUGCUGCCGGUCCGGUGCCAGUGGCUCGAGCCGCUGGGCGACGGCGUGACGUGGAGGAAGAACACCGGGCAGGUGCGUCCCACGGCCCCG